AUGCUGCGGAAAAAGGAAUCCUAUAUCAGCAUUACUCCCAUCCCCUCGUCUGUCCCUCGUCAGCUAGCGCUGGAUAUAUUGCACAGCCACGGUGAAAUUAUCACACUUAAUCCGCUUGUUCUGUCCUAUCAUCCGAUCACAGCGCCCAGAGAUGCCACCGCAGAUGAAUAUUAUUCUACCUGGUAUGAGAUUAUCGAGCGAGUUCAAUAUCUUCCAGGCCUGGGGAAGCUGGGAGCCGGCAAGAUAAGCUUCAAGGGCUGCUUCCACAAUACUCCGUGGGGCCUACAGACUCACACGUUCGUUCCUCUGGGCAUCGAUAUUCGCAGUAAAUGGCGCAUUGGUGGAAAUCAGCCUAAUGAGCCACGUCAACCGAAGGAGUUUCUAGUAGACGGCGAGCCGGAAAACGGACUCUAUCUACGGGAGGACAUCCAAAUCGAGUGCAAUUUAACGUUAAUUUCUUUUGUUAAGAGUCAAAUGAAGGCGGCGUCGAAAGUACUGGUGGAAAGACUGAUGAAAAAAGCUGAACUUCUCGAUGCGGGAGUUUUGGAGGCUUAUAUGGAAGAUGGUAAACUCAAGACCAUCAAUCCCGCCAAUCGUUCAAACCUAUUCCAGCCUUCGUCGCCAUUGCAGUCUCCACGAUUAGAGACAGACGCAAUGUCAGAGUCUUCAUCGAGCCGAUCCGGAGCUCAAUCUCUUACUGAACAUCCACGAUGGGGGUCAACGUCUAGGCGUCGGCGAGAGUCGAGCCAACUAUCGUCGCAGUCUGGAAAACAAAAGAAAAACUUUGUGGCGGAGCUGCCAGGGAAUUAUUACCAUCCGCAGUCUCAGGCUGAGUCGGAAAAUCAGACGCAUUACGAGCUACCAGGUACGAACAGCCACUGCUAG